AUGGCUCCUUCUUUAUUCCUGAUCCAGAGGACUCUGCUGAGUCUAAGUGGUAGUGCAAGUCUCAGCGAACCUAACAUUCAGAAUCUAUUCGAAAUGGAUAGAUCGCUACUUAGAAUUCAUUGUUUUGACAAUGGCCCUACCGCCAACAAAUACUUGUCUCUUCAUGCGAUUAAUGAAGCUUUCGACGCGGCGAUCUCGAGAUGUUGGAUUGGGUUCAAAUUUCAGGUGGCGGCAGUGGGGGGUGGUGGUGGUAGUGGAGAAAAGUCGGGUUGGUAA